UCACAAAGGAAGGUAGCCACCAGCGACCAUAAUAUCCACGCUGCUUCAUCCCUUUUGUGCGUCUCUCUCUCUCUCUCUCUUUCUCUCUCUCGUGACUUAUGGAGUCGAACCCGGAGAAGGUUGCGGAGAGCAGCGGUGGCGGCCGGAGGCCGCUGCGAGCGGUCUGCGUCUUCUGUGGCAGCAGGCCGGGGAACCGGCCGUCCUUCAGCGCUGCCGCGCUCGACCUUGGAAAGCAGAUGGUGGAGAGGCAGCUCGACCUGGUCUACGGCGGCGGCAGCGGCGGCUUGAUGGGACUGGUGUCCAAGGCCGUCUACGACGGCGGCCGCCACGUCCUCGGGGUCAUCCCUACUGCCCUCCUACCCGAAGAGGUGUCAGGGGAGACAUUGGGAGAGCUGAAAGUUGUCAGGGACAUGCAUGAGCGCAAGUCGGAAAUGGCGAAACACGCCGACGCUUUCAUCGCCCUGCCAGGCGGUUACGGAACGAUUGAAGAACUGUUGGAAAUCAUAGCGUGGGCGCAGCUGGGGAUCCACAACAAACCGGUGGGGCUGCUCAACGUCGACGGCUAUUACAACAGCCUGCUGUCGCUGUUCGACAAGGGCGUCGAGGAGGGCUUCAUCGACGCCGCGGCGCGGAACAUCUUCGUCCUCGCCGACACCACCGCCGAGCUGCUGACGAAGCUGACGGAGGCGGCGCAGGCGGUGGAGGAUGAUGGCGCGGCCGGAGGAGAGACGGCCGGCGCCGCCUUUUGCGCCAAGAGGAAAAGAAGUUAGCUGAUUGUUGUCUCCGUGUGUCUUCGACCUCUAGCUCCUUCUGCCCUUCUGUUGUUUUCUUGAUUUGGAUUGUGUUGUUUUCUAGACUUCAUGCGAUGUGGAUCCUGGAACCACGCGUUUCUAGCUAGUGAACCUUGUUAAGCGGUACCUCUCGUGGCACCAAGGAAUGCUAGCUACUACGUAUUUGUUGUACCUUCAUGGCAGCAAAACGUCCCACCUAGCUUGUACUAUAUUAAACGUACGUACAAUAUUUCCUCAA